GGAAGGCGACACCUGAGGAGGCGGUUCAAUGACUCCAUCACCCAGGGGGGCUAAUAUAUACGAGCCCGGAGGGAAAGUGAGCCAAAACGAGGCGGUAUUCAAGCAAUCAGCGGGCUGGGUUUUGAUCUGCCAUCAGAGUGUCAUAAGAUUGGGAAGAACAUGAAGUUGCUCGUGGUGGUGGCGGCGGUGGCGGCGUUGUGGGCGGGGGCGGCGAUGGCCCUGGACAACGGGCUGGCCCUCACGCCCCCCAUGGGCUGGCUGGCCUGGGAGCGGUUCAGGUGCAACACUGACUGCGAGAACGAUCCGUACAACUGCAUCAGCCAGAACCUUAUGAUGCAAAUGGCGGAGCUGAUGUCGACAGACGGCUACCUGAGCGCCGGCUACGACGUGGUCUGCCUCGACGACUGCUGGAUGGACAUGGAGCGGGACGCCGACGGCCGCCUGCAGCCUGACUCCUCCCGCUUCCCCUCCGGCAUCCCCGCCCUCGCAGAUUUCAUACACACGCUGGGGCUGAAGUUCGGGAUCUAUGAGGACUUCGGUAACAAGACCUGCGCAGGCUACCCGGGCAUCUUCGGCCACCUGGAGACGGACGCCAACACCUUCGCCGAGUGGGGCGUCGACUACGUGAAGCUGGACGGCUGCUACUCCACCCCCGAGGAGAUGGACGAAGGUUACCCCGAGUUCGGCAUGCACCUCAACAACACAGGGAGGCCCAUGGUGUACUCCUGCUCCUGGCCUGACUACGAAAACAACCCUAACUACACGGCCAUCGUCAAGACGUGCAACCUGUGGCGGAAUUACGCUGACAUCGGAGACUCGUGGGCCUCGGUCUCGAACAUCAUCGAUCACUACGCGGCGGUGCAGGACCAGCUCGCCCCCCUCGCCGGGCCGGGCCACUGGAACGAUCCUGAUAUGCUGAUCAUCGGUAAUUUCGGACUGAGCUACGACCAGGCCAAGACCCAAAUGGCCAUCUGGUCCAUCAUGGCCGCACCGCUUAUCAUGUCGGUGGACCUGCGCGAUAUCCGUCCCGCGUUUAAGGACAUCCUCCUCAACCGCCGGGUCAUCGCUGUCGACCAGGACCCCCUCGGCAUCCAGGGCGCCAGGAUAAGCAAGACAAACAACAUCGAGGUGUGGAGCCGCCCCGUGGAGCCCGUGGUCAACGGCAGCUAUUCCUACGCCCUGGCCAUCCUCAACCGGGGGGAGAGCACGCCGACCCAGGUGACCCUCACUCUAAAGGACCAGGGAUUGACCUCGCCCCAAGGAUACUGGGUAGAGGACCUUUUCGAGGGUGAGGUGGGGUCCCUUGUCAUGCCCGACGACUCCUUCACCAUUAGCGUCAACCCGUCCGGCGUGGUAAUGUUACGCUGCUGGCUGCUGGAGUGACCUCACCUCUGCUUACUGUGACGUCAUUCUUCAUCUUGUUUUUGUUACAUUAUCUAGCAUAAGUAUGAUAGUUUAUAAGGAAAUCAAUAAAUGUUGCCACGCACGUGCUGUACUUUA